GAAUGAUGUGAACUACUUCGGAUGGAUGUGCAAUUUAAGUAACCCGUUUGAGAUUUUCCGCAGUCAGUAAAGAGUUGAACCCGUUGCUGUUAAGACGAUGCUGCGUUUUGUGAUCGGGUUGUGUUCUAUAUUGUGUUUGGUCAGUGGGGCUCCAACUGUGCAUCUCGGAGAAUCACAUGAUACCGAUACUUACGAGUAUAGAACGGAGCUGCCGUUCACUACUGAUCCGAUAGUUGUAACAAGGAGGCCACUAGUAUCUACGUCUUACGUAAAUCCAAUUAAUAUGAAUAAUUAUCCAACGAUUACACCAACGGUCCAGCAACCGGCUCAACAGCUGCCGCAGCACCCACAUCAGCCACAAAAGCCGCAUUUACUUCAUCAGCCACAACCGCAGCAACCCCAGUUACAGUACUUCUACACGCACUUUCCUCUGCAUCCGUACACCAAUCCUUCUUAUCAGAUGCAACCUGGAUUCGGCUAUCAGUGGCAAGAUACGAUUCAGCAGCCUCAGUAUCCUGUCCUACAGCCGAUGAACACUAACGUUUUGCCUUGUACUCAUUCCGCCCAUAAUGGCGGCUACCAGCAAUUUGGUUAUUGAUGUGUAGAGAUUACUUUUUUGAACUUUGGAUGCAGAAUCGGAACGUUUUAAAAUAAGUGUUUCCAUCAAACAUAUACUCCUAGUUAUGGAUUUAAGUUUUACCAUGAUUGUUUUGUAAAAUAUGUGCAACGCUGAAAAAGAAAAGUG